AUGGCCAGAACUGUAAUAAAGACAAAGAGCGUAGAGUACAUGCCGUUUUUCCUCUCACUUUUCCUUUUGCUCAAUGCGGGGUGUUGGUUUACUUUAGCAUUGCUCCUCAAAGACCACUAUGUCAUAGUGGCAAAUGCAAUUGGAAUCGUAUCGGGCUCAGCCCAACUGAUCAUCUAUAUGAUUUACAAAGAUAAGUCAUCACUUGUGGAAUCUGAAAAAACGGAAGUGAAAGAAGCCUCAAUUCACAAGCUUGAAGAGGGCAUCAAAGCACAAGACAUGAAUGAAUUUGAUGAAGGCAAGUUGAAAAGUCGGAGCGCAACCCUCCCUAAGCCAUCCAUAUCCCGAGCAUACACUAUCAAUAAACUCAUGAGAUCAGUUUCUAUGAGUCAAUACGAAUCGCAUUCGACCUUCCUUUUGGUCCCAUAG